CCUAAUGCAAGUUAAAUUUUUCGUCCAAUCAAAACAGGGAUCUGAUCUCAGGAAAUAGCCGCUCCUAAGUUUUUAUUACAGAAAAACAACAACAAAACUUUGAAGGGCUUUUCGAAAAAGAGAUUACAAAGAAGAACAAAAGAAUUUUGUUGUUUCACUUAAAGCAACUUCUGAUCACCCAUUGCAAAGAACAAUAGUUAAUAAUGUGACCUUAGGAAAUAUGCGAGAGAAAAAUACAAAAUCUUUGUCAAGUGCAACUGUUACAUCUAAAAAUAUUGAAACAGAUCCACUCUCAGAUCUACUUUUUGAUCCACUCUCUGCAUUAUUACAAAAAGAUGCUUCUUUAUUAAAUAGCAGCCAAAAAUUUAAGGAUGAGGACAAAAAGUUUGGGAAUGAAGAUGGAUACAUUGAUGAUUCUUUUGAGCCCUGGCAGGCUAAAAGAACUGGCAUUCUUUCCAAGUACACAACAUCAGAAAAAAUUUCAAUAACCUCAAGCUUUUUGUCAGAUGGAGAAGUUGAAAAAUUAGCCUUAAAACAGAAUUUGUUACCUACGGAAAAAGUUAAAUCACGCUUAGAACAACUGAAUGAUUUAGACGAGGGUUCAAUAAAAGAGACACUCAAUUUGAGUCAAACAGAAUAUGUAACUAGAAUUGAUGAACUAAAUAAGGCUUUACUUUCGGCAUGGAGCUCUGAACAAAGAGUUAAAGCUUUAAAGAUAGCUAUACAAUGUGCUAAAAUGUUGGGUGAUACAGAUGUUAUUUUAUUUUAUCCAAGCAAGUUUGUACUUAUAACAGAUAUAUUGGAUAAUUUUGGUUGUUUGGUAUUUGAUAGAAUUCGUGAGAAAUCUGUUGUAUAUACUGCUGGAAGCAAUAUUCCAAAGACUCUCUCAAAUAAUUUUACUCCUGAAGAGGUUCCUGUUUCAGCUAAAGAAACUUGCCAAAAUUGGUUUUACAAAGUUGCUUCAAUACGAGAGUUGAUUCCAAGAUUGUAUGUGGAGAUGGCAAUACUGAAAUGCUAUAGUUUUUUAACAGCUAGUGAAUAUGCUCAAGCAUUAUCACGAUUAGCUCAUCAAAUUCGUGGGAUUGCUGAUCCAUUGGUAGCUGUUUAUGCAAGAGCUUAUCUUUGUCGAGUUGGAAUUCUUGUAGCUCCUACUGUCAAAAAUCAUUUGAAACCAUGUUGGAGUGAUUUUCUAAAUACCUAUAAACAGUUAACUCUACCUCAUAUGAAAGAUAAAGUUCAGAAUAUUGAUAUGUCUACUUACACAGACUUGUUUCUACCAGCUUUAAAUUGGAUAUUGCAGUGUGUUGUCUACAAAGCUUCAGAGGUUUCUUUAACAGAAAUACUUAACGAAUGUAAGUCAUGUAGAAGUUCUCUUCUUCUUCAUUCAGUUUUAUCAGCUUUUCAGCCGAAAUACAUUGCUAACAGAGCAUUAGAGUUUAUCAAUUAUAUAAAAGAAUCUGAAGAUAACGGUUAUUCCAAGCAUUUGUUAUACAAGUUAUUGGGUGUUAUUCUUUGCUCGGAAAAGCCACUUGAAGAAGAAAAAAUACUCUUGCUUAAUGAAGUUUGGAAAGUUGUUAUGAAAAUUAAAGAACCUGCAAAAUACAUAUCCUGUGCAGAAGUAUGGAUUGAAUACCCAUUAAAGUAUUUGAGUGCACAAGAAGUGAACAUAUUGCUUGGAAAUAUUAUAAAAAAUAUGAUGCCAGAUCAUAGUUUCGAAAAUCACUACACUGAACUUCUCUCUAUUUUGUCAAAAGUUGUUUUUACAAUUGAAGAUUUUAACAUGGUAAUAACAAUGAAUAACUUCUUUCCAUUUCUUGAUAUGUUUCAAAAAGAGUCGAUAAAAGUUGAAGCCUCUAAAAUAGUAAUGAAUGGUUUUAUUAAGAGCAAUUCUGUACUUUCUGAUCCAGCAAAAAUAAAUUCCCUUAUGUUAAUUUGUAAAACUAUGCACAAUUCAGUCAGUGAAUUAUCAUUGGAUGAUGAUAAAAGAAUAAUUGGAAAUCUCAUAUCUUCUUUUGUGCUAACAGUAACUUAUGAAAGGGAUUUUGAAAAGCAACUUGAAUUUUAUGUUGAUGCACGAGCUUCAUUUUCUAACAUGGAUACAGUGCUUAUUGUUCUUAUUCAAUGCGUAAAUCGGUUGGCAGUUCAAACACAGCAAGUUGUAAAAGGAAACCACACUCAAAAGACAGCAGCAUUUAUCAGAGCUUGCAUGGCUUAUUGUUUUAUUACUAUUCCAUCUUUAAUGGACAUAUUUGCUCGAUUGAAGCUUUAUCUUUUGGUAGGCCAAACAGCUCUAUCUAAUCAAGCUGUUGGUCAAGCUGAUGGUCUGUUGAGAGCAGCUAUUCAUCUACUGGCAGAAGUCCCAAAAACUAUAGUUGUUGAAACCAAAAAUGUUUCAGCAGAGCAAUAUAUUGUUGAAUAUAUUAAUCAUUUGCUUUCUGUUAUACUUUUUGUUCCUGAUCAUCCUGACCAUAGUGUAUUGUAUUUGGUCAGAGGUUUAAUGAAUGUUCUUGAAGAAAUAAUAUGGGAUGACUCUAGUGAUGCUAAAUGCAGACUUUAUCUGAAUGCAAUUUGUAUACUCUCUGCUGCUGCCCAGGAAUCGUAUAUUUUUAAAGUGGAAAAAGUUGAAUCCAAUGAUAAGUUAUAUGGUGCUGGUUCAAAGUUUGUUGAAGAAGUGAACAAGAUCAUUAAUGUUCUUAUUAUUGAAAUAUUAAAAAAAAUCAAUGAGGCUGGUGAAAAGAACAAAAAGUUACAAUAUUUUAUUUGUGCAGCAUCUUUGAAUAGAAUCGUAGCUCAUGGGGAUUUAUCAUCUAUAUCAAUGUGUAAACUUGCUCAAAAUCUGUGGUUGCUGGCUAUUAAAAACACUAAUGUUGAUCAAAAUUUUAUGAAACGAUUGCGAAAAACGAUUGAAUUUCGUGCAUUACGAGACUUUUCAGGAUAUCCUGAAUUACUGCAGCUAAUAACGGAUAUAAGAUAAUUUUUAUGAAUUUUUUAUAUAUUGAUAAUAUAUUUUUUUAUAAAUAAUUA